AGGCAAUUAUUACCCAGAGUGAUUAUUACCUUAUUGAAAGACUGUGCCAGGUGGGGUAGGCUCCGCCCUACUUAAAAGUUAAGUCAGAAUCUGUCAUGGCGGCAGCACAAAGUUCUUCUCCUCAAGGAUCCUCCACAGAAUACAGAGUAAAGCUAGGGAAGUCUAUAGACAAGAACUGGCAUGUAAUGAGAUUCAAACCACCUCACAAAUGUGACCUGGAAACACUAACCAAUCCUACUCUUGAUCGAAAGGCUGUAAAGAGACAAGAUGGUAAUCCUGAAGAAGGCGAAGGAAGUGAGUUUGGCAAGAAAAGACGAGAGGAGGUCAGAAAAAGGAAGAGGGGUUAUGACAUACGAAGAGCUAACCCCGACGACCAGCCUUGGGUGCUCAAGGAGAGGAAACGUGAAGGAAAACAUUUCGUUGGACGCAAGGAGGGCACAGUGAACAGUAGUUCCUCCUACUACAUUUUGACAGUGUCUGAAGACAAAGCAUUUGAGGCAUACCCAAUUGAGAGCUGGUAUGACUUCAUCCCACCUGUCAAGUACAAUUUUUUGAAUGAGGAAGAAGCUGAGGCUCAGUUUGAAAAGCGCAACAAGACACUCAACUACUUCUCCGUGAUGGUGAGCAAGCGUCUGCGGGAUCAGGAAGGUGUGGGUGAUGAUAAAACUCACCUUGGGGCUGAAGGGAAAAGGGUCUCGAAAAAGAAAAGCAAGUCUUCGGGAGAACUGAUGUUGACAGACAGUGAGUCGGAUGCUGUCUCAUCAGACGCAAGUGGCAAUGAAGGUGGGGGAAGAACCAAGUCUCGUAAGAAAGUGCUCUCUAAAAAUAAAGGUGCAUUUGAGGGAGGAGAAGAGACGGAUGAGGGUGAUAUGGAGUCCUGGGAAGUGGACUACAUGAGUGACGCUUCAUCAGUAUCCGAGAAAGAUUAUAAGGCUAAAGAGGCGAUAAAAGAGGUACCGAAAGAUGAUGAGGAGGUGGAGCGGGCCGAAGAGGGAGACAUUGACAAAGGGUUCAGUGAGAGCUCCAGUGAGGACGAGCUCACCGAGGAAGGCAAGGAGCUCAAUGCUUUAAUAAAGAAGCAAUCCGGACAGACUGAGUCUGAGAAGGAAGAUGAUGAGAUUGACAUUGAGAAACCAUUUGACAAAGACCCAGUCAUUGUGUCUCCUAAGACAUCCCGUGAAGAUAGCAGUCUCAAAGGAGUAAAACGGGAGAGAGAGAGACAAUCAGACACUUCGUCCAAUGCCCCCUCCGCUUCCCCUCAGCCACCUCCAAAAAAACCCAAGAAGGAAUUCUCCCUAAGUACUAUAACCGACGAAGAAGUAAAGCAUUAUCUGUCUCGAAGGCCAAUCACAUCUAAGGAUCUUGUGAGAAAGUUCACUAGCAAGAAAUCUGAUAUGGACAAGAAGAAAAUUGUGGAUCAGUUGCACCAGAUAAUACAGAACCUUAAGAAUGUCGAGAAACAGACGAUUAAAGGGAAGCUUUAUCUGUCAUUAAAGCAGCCACCCUCAUGAUAACUGCACUGUUGUAUGGAGGGAGAGUAGGAGAGUAAUUUGUUGUACAUUCUUGUGUAAUUUGUUAUUUCUCUAAUUGAUUUAUCAUGAUUCCAUUUUCACUAUGA